AUGGCGGCCAGCGGCGCCUCUCAGCCACGGGCUCCAGUACUGAUGUGGGUCCGCGCUGAGCUCAGGGUAUCCCGGUCUCUACCGGCCGAGUUGCACCCGCUGCACGUUCUCGUGCCCGCCUCGGCCUUCUCAGGACAGGCCGCAGCUUCCGGGCCCGGUGGCGGCUGCGUCCUGUCCCUGCACCGCCGCCCGGCCUCGGCUUCACCCUCGGGCCGUGGUUUCUUCGUCUCGGCCUCGUUCGCACCAGAGGACGAGCCGGAGGAAGCGGGGCCCGGGGAGCAGGAGCCGCUCCAGAUCCGCACCAGCGAGCUCUUCCUGCGGCACUACGGCGGCCUGCGUGGGGCGGCCGCGGCUUGUGGGGAGGAGCGGCUGCCCGGGAGCGAGGCGGCGGUGCCGGUGUGGGCCCGCCUGGUGCAGCCGGUGCCUCCUCUGAGCCGGGCGGUGCUGGCCGCCCGCACCCGCGCCGCCUGGCGAUGCCUCAGCUCCCAGGCCUUCAGCCGCCGCCUCCUGCUGCUGAGCUGCCAGCGCCGGCCCCUGCUGCUCCGCCAGGGGGACGCGCUGGCCCUGCCCCGGGACUCGGGCUGGACGCCAGGCGAGGCCGGGGAUGAGGAGGCCGCAGUGCUGGUGCUGGAGUGCAGGCCCGUCAGUCAGGGCGCGCUGACUCUCCGCACCAGUCUGGUGCUGACACUGCUGCCCGAGCCUCAACCACAGGCCCCGGCGCCGCCGCCGCCGCCUACCCGCCUGCUCUGCGCCUCCGACUUCACGCACUACACGGGAGGCCUGGAUUUGCAGCGCGGAGCCUUGGGCUCGGGCUCGGGCUCGGGCGUGGCGGCGCUGCUGGAAGCGCUCGAGUGCCGGCUGGAGGCGCGGGUGCUGGGCCUGGCCGGGCUGGUGGAGCGGGGCCGGCUGGCGGCCAGGCCCGGGCCUGAGGCCUGCUCAGCUCACGGUCUGGGCCUGGAUUUGGACAGCUGCCUGGUGCUGAGCAGGCCGGCCCUGCGGCGCCUCGGCCUCUUCAACCGCGAGUGGCUGGCCUUGUGGCUGCUGGAGGCAGGGGGUCAGGAGCCAGGCCCGGUGUCGGCCGGGGCCCGCUGGGCCUCGGUGCUGGUGGUGGAUGAUCCGGGGCUGGAGCUGGGGGCCAGCGGGGCGGCCGUAUCACCCGCCUUCUGGUUUAAUGUCUCGGGCGGGGCUCCGCUGCCUGUCACCGGGAGGCUCCUGGGAGCAAAGCGUGUGUACGAGACUGGCCAUGUGGGGAGGUGUGGGAAGGACAGCCGGUCUGUGCUCAGCGUCCCUCCCCUGACCAGCGAGCUGCACCUGGAGACCAUCACAGCUCCCCAGUAUAGUGUGGGGGAAGAGUACGACAGUGUCCUCUGCCAGCACUUCCUCACUGCCAGGCUGGUCCAGGUUGGAGAUGUGCUGUGCGUUCCCACGCGGGAUAAAGUGGACUUCAUUCAAAAUUCCUCAGACAAAGCCCUCAGGUGGCCGGUGCUGUAUUUCAGGGUAAAGUCCGUGUCUGAAGGGAAGCCCCCCGGCCUGAGACUGGGACACCUGGGACACCUGGCCCACCGCGAGCACACCUCUCUCUACCUGGCUGGUUGCACUAACAGCUUUGUUCCCUCCUAUGCUGCCUGUGCUGGGAACCCAGUGUGGGGUAGUGUGGCUCCCCCUGGCCUGGCUCACACUGUAGACCAGCUCUCUGACAUCAUGCUGCCCUACCUGCAAACCGGGCCGUCGGUGCUGGCAGGGCCGUGUAGUGUGCUGCUUUGGGGACCGAGCGGCAGUGGGAAGGCAACCGUGGUGGGAGCAACAUGUUACAGAUUACACCUGCAUCUAGUGAAGGUGGAAUGCAGUGGGCUGUGUGGAGACUCGGUGGGAGCCACGGAGGCCCGGCUGACAGCGGUGUUCUCUGUGGCUGACACACACCGACCGUGCGUGCUGCUUCUGCGCAAUGUGCAGCGACUGGCGGCCGAGAGGGACGGAGUGGGAGAGGACCCCCGGCUCGUGGCCACUCUGCACCGGCUUCUGACAGAGCUCGUUCAGGGACCCAGGGAGUACCCAGUGCUGGUGGUGGGCACGGCAGGGAAGAUGAGGGAUUUGGGUGACGGGGCCCAGGCCGCAUUCCUCCAUCACGUGGAAUUGGAAACGCUGUCCGAGCAGCACAGGAGAGAGCUACUAAGCGCGCUCAGUGCAGGACUGCCUCUAGGGAGCGAUGUCAACCUUAGCAAGAUUUCCCAGCAAACAGCUGGCACUGUGUUGGGAGAUAUGUGUGCAUUACUGAGUCACGCCAGCAGAGCAGCCUGUGAGAGAGCACGGAGUGGCUGUUUCCCAGGCAGCCGCCCCUCGGAGCGGGAGGACCUGGACCUCAGCGCAGCUGGAGUUUGUGUCCAGGCCCAGGAUUUCCAGAACGCUCUGGACCGGCUGCAGUCAUCCAACGCACGGGCUCUUGGAGCACCCAAGAUCCCAUGUGUACACUGGCAAGAUGUGGGGGGACUGCGGGAUGUGAAGCAAGAGAUCCUCGACACCAUACAACUGCCGCUAGCUCACCGAGAGCUGCUGACUCAGGGGCUGCGCAGGUCGGGGCUGCUGCUGUACGGCCCCCCCGGCACUGGCAAAACCCUUCUCGCCAAGGCCGUGGCCACCGAGUGCAGCAUGAGCUUUCUCAGUGUUAAGGGUCCUGAACUAAUCAACAUGUAUGUCGGACAGAGUGAGGAGAACGUGCGAGAGGUGUUUGCUCGGGCCCGGGCUGCUGCUCCCUGCAUCGUGUUCUUUGAUGAGCUGGAUUCACUGGCCCCAAACCGCGGGCGGAGUGGAGAUUCAGGCGGUGUCAUGGACAGGGUGGUGUCACAACUUCUGGCAGAGCUGGACGGGCUGCACUCCAGUGGGGAUGUGUUUGUCAUUGGAGCCACAAACCGGCCAGACCUCUUGGACCAGGCACUGUUGCGGCCCGGCAGGUUUGAUAAACUACUGUAUGUCGGAAUCACUGAGGAUCCUGAGGCACAAUUACGAGUACUGGAGGCUAUAACACGGAAAUUCCAGCUGGAUGCCUCAGUCAGCCUACGCUCUGUGGUGGAGCACUGUCCCCCUCACCUGACGGGGGCCGACCUGUAUGCACUCUGCUCCGAUGCCAUGAUGUCAGCCACGAAGAGGCAGAUCAGCCGCAUUCAGCAAGGCCUGGACACAGAGGAGUCAGAAUUGUUGCUGACACAGGAGGAUUUUGAAAGUGCCCUCAGCACUCUGGAACCGUCUGUCUCCGAGUUGGAGCUGAGCAGAUACCGACAGCUACAGUAUAGGCUCAGCGGCAAGUGAGGGGCCCACCACUGUGCUCUGCACCACUGCAGUAACGGGACCCCGAGCUGCUGCCAGACCACACAGCAAGAACAGCAUCCAUACAGCCACACGAACAGCACUGAACUUGUCUGCAACAGGACCUGCACCGAGCUGCGUGUUCGCUGAUCGCAAUCGUCAGUCACGUUUGCCUUGAACCUCACAGGUUGCCUGAUGUACCGACCUAGACUCUUACCUAGGACGAUCAAGUGCUAUGAGCCUGGCAGAGCCGCAUGCUCAGAGCAGAGAGCAGGAGCAGCUCUGUCUGGGAGAGGUCUACACAUCAAUAGGAGUGUACGCAUCAAGUGUGCCGGGACAGAGGUGUAAUAAUAAUUCUUGCAUUUGAUAUAUAGCGCCUUAUCGUAUCGUUGAGAUACCUCAAUGCGCUUCACAGAAUGUCCUGUAAAAUGGAUUGACUGUAUAUUUUGUGGGCGAAACACGGCAGCUAAUUGCACAAA